UUUAUCCCACAUUCGCUGAGAGGCAUCUCACCCCGAUGGGCAGAAAAGUCCCUCCACGGGUGUGGAGCGUGCACCGGGCUCACACAGAUUAGAUUGUCCGUGGUUGUACAUUUUGCAUUUCAUCGGGCUAAAUUGCUUCUACUUUACUGACCAGAGUAGAAACGACAGUUUUGUGUGGAUAUCGGGCAAAGAUGCUCGACUCUACUUCAGACUUUUCUCUGUUGAAGAACAGUGUCAAACAUAACGCAGUGCUGCUGUCUCUCCAGUCAGUGACGAAGGGAUGGCAGAGAGUGAUGGAGGGAUGUGGACGGGGGACAGUCUGGUACCCGCAGACCAACCGUUCAGACCGUUGCUGCAGGCCCCUCUCCGGUCUCCAGAUGUGUCACGGAGGAGGUUACUUCAGAUGCCCGGAGCUGCAGUACCCUUCCCUCCCCUCAAGGUGCUGUCCAAUGGGGAGCCGUGCCUCCUGUUCCAGGCCAGGAAGCUGUCUCUCCGCUAUGAGAAGCAGAAGCAGCUGGACCUAACGGAGCGGGCGUUUUCUCCCCGAAAACCCGUCGACACCAGCCAGUCCGUCUGCCGCCAGGACCAGGCUACGCUGGUCAUGAGGUUUGGGGAUGUGGAGGAUUUGAGAGGCCUGUCCAUGAGACUGCAGCUGUCCAACACUUUCUACGAGUCUUCGGGUCAGUGGUGGUUCUCGGUGGACAGCGUCUCCCUGCUCUACAACGCGUCUGAAGAGGCCGUGUUCAAUGCCAGUGAGGUGUACGCUCCGGCCUCCUCCUCCUACCACUGCCUCCAUGUCAGCAACCUGCAGCGCCACAGCGCCCUGCUGCUGCCCGGCACCGACCACGCCCGCCGCUGGACCGUCAGCUUCACUGACUUCCAGAUUCAGGCGUUCAACAUCAGCUCCGGUAAGUUUUCUCCCGCGAGCGACUGCGCCACCUUCCUGACGCCGGCCAUCCUGAUGGGCCUCAUCACUUCCCUCAUCCUGCUGCUGGUCCUGGCCUACGCCCUGCACAUGGUCGUCCACCUGAGACACAUCGAUCACGACGACGAACACAAGGCCGACGUCUACUUCCCCAAAAACCCCGAACAGCCUGAACACUGCUACGUGGAAAACGCCGCGGAGAAAAAUAUUCUGUAGGAAGAUAAUUAGAGACUGUUAACACAUACACUUUGCAAAGAGAC